GACGUCAUGGCCAUCCUGUUUGCUGUCGUGGCCAGGGGCACGACCAUCCUUGCCAAACACGCCUGGUGCGGAGGAAACUUCCUGGAGGUGACAGAGCAGAUCCUGGCGAAAAUUCCAUCUGAAAACAACAAACUGACCUAUUCCCAUGGGAAUUAUCUGUUUCAUUACAUCUGCCAAGACAGGAUUAUAUACCUCUGCAUCACAGAUGACGAUUUCGAACGCUCCAGAGCCUUCAACUUCCUGAAUGAGAUCAAGAAGAGGUUUCAGACCACGUACGGCUCAAGAGCACAGACAGCCCUUCCCUAUGCAAUGAACAGCGAGUUCUCCAGUGUCUUGGCUGCCCAGCUGAAAUACCACUCGGAGAGCAAGGGCACUGACCAGGUGGCAGAGACGCAAGCUCAGAUCGAUGAACUUAAAGGAAUCAUGGUUCGAAACAUAGACCUUGUGGCACAAAGAGGAGAGAAGCUGGAGUUGCUGAUUGACAAAACAGAGAAUCUCGUGGAUUCGUCCGUCACUUUCAAAACUACCAGCAGGAACCUUGCGCGAGCCAUGUGUAUGAAGAACCUCAAGCUUACCAUCGUCAUCAUCAUUGUAUCAAUUGUUAUCAUCUAUAUCAUCCUGUCGGCUGCCUGUGGUGGGCUUGCGUGGCCGAGCUGUGUGCAGAAGUAACUGGAGGCAGCUGGUGCUGGUCACUUGGAGAUGAGAAUCACAGGAGUGUGAAGAAGCAACCUAUGGAAUAACUCUUAAUCUUUCACUACUGACACCUUCUCAUUCUUCCACCCCUCCAGGACUUGAGACUUUUUUGCCUUAUCUCCCCAAACAGGCCCAGCUGGUCACUGCUUCUGUGCAGCUGUAACCUCGAGGAUGGGCUGUUUUAAAUUACUUG